AUGUCCGUACUUAACAAAACGAAAGCAAGAUUGCCACGCGUUUCUAAUUCUGGAUCGCUCAAUCCCCAAAGAAUCGUAUCCUUCCAAUCCAGCAAUCUAGAUCUACGAUCUCCCCUCAGCUGUGAAUUUUGGUUUUCGAUUGCUAUGUCGGUGGAAUCUGCCAUCACCAACAACGAUAACGGUGCUUCUGUGUUCAACAAUGGCGAAGAGAAGAAACCGUUUAGGAUCUUCGUAGGUUACGACACACGGGAAGAUCUGGCUUACGAGGUGUGUCGGUAUUCGAUCCUCAAACGAUCUUCGAUCCCCGUCGAAGUUAUCCCCAUCAAGCAAUCUGAAUUACGAGAGAAGAAAUAUUUUUGGCGCGAACGUAAUAAACUCGAAAGCACUGAAUUCUCAUUCACGCGCUUUUUGACGCCAUUCUUGGCGAACUACGAAGGGUGGGCGGUGUUCGUUGACUGCGAUUUUCUGUAUCUCGGAGACGUGAAAGAAUUGCAUGAUCUGAUUGAUGAGAAGUACGCAAUGAUGUGUGUGCAACACGAUUACACCCCGAAAGAGACGACGAAAAUGGAUGGGGCUGUUCAGACGGCGUACCCACGGAAGAACUGGUCAUCGAUGGUGUUGUAUAACUGCGGCCAUCCUAAAAACAAGAUUCUGACGCCGGCGAUUGUGAAUCAAGAAUCAGGUGCGUUUCUUCAUAGGUUUCAAUGGCUAGAAGAUGGUGAAAUUGGGUCAGUUCCCUUUGUUUGGAACUUUCUUGUGGGUCAUAACCAGGUUGUUGAUGGUGAUCCGAGUACAUACCCAAAAGCAAUCCAUUAUACUUCUGGAGGGCCAUGGUUUGAGGCAUGGAAAGAUUGCGAAUUUGGGGAUUUAUGGUUAAAGGAAUUGGAAGAGUACAAGAAGGUGAAAGAGAAAGAGAAGAAACUUGGUUAAGAAAUGUGUGAAUUGUUUCAUGUUGCACACCAACUGUUUGACAAUAUGUUUCUAAGAUUUGCUUGAUUGUUCUUCAUUAAUGCCCCUUAAAAUGAUUGAUUUUUAGGUAGGAAUUUGGGUUUAUUAAGCUAUUUGUUUGGGUGUAAUUUCUUCAUAGUGUAUUCUGCUUUGUGUUGUA